CGCGGCCGCUCGUACGAGAGGAAGAGACUGAGGUUCAGAGUGGAGAUAUGACUUGCCCAGGAUGGGUACAUAGGAGAGCCAGCACCUCCAUUUGAAUUUGCCUGAUCCCAUAUGCCCUUCACACCUCACGUGGCUGUAAAUUCCAAGGAAUAGACUAUGAGCUGCAGGCCCUCCAUCACUAAGUUACAUUCAGGGCCAAAGCCACACCUUGGAUUUAGAGUCUAUCUAGGCCAUGAGAAGAAGAUGCUAAUUAAAGCCAGCACCGUGCGGGCCGGCGUCCAGCCAGUGGCCGGGAAGAUGAGCACCUGCGGGAGGAAGGCGCUGACCCUGCUGAGCAGCGUCUUUGCGGUCUGCGGCCUGGGCCUCCUGGGCAUCGCCGUCAGCACCGAUUACUGGCUGUACCUGGAGGAAGGCGUGGUCCUGCCCCAGAACCAGAGCACUGAGGUCAAGAUGUCCCUGCACUCGGGCCUCUGGCGCGUCUGCUUCCUGGCAGGUGAGGAGCGGGGACGCUGCUUCACCAUAGAAUAUGUGAUGCCCAUGAACUCCCAGCUGACGUCCGAGUCCACCGUCAAUGUUCUAAAAAUGAUUCGCUCGGCCACACCAUUCCCUCUGGUCAGCCUCUUCUUCAUGUUCAUCGGGUUUAUCCUGAGCAACAUCGGGCACAUCCGUCCCCACAGGACAAUACUGGCCUUUGUCUCUGGCAUCUUCUUUAUCCUCUCGGGCCUCUCUCUUGUGGUGGGCCUAGUGCUCUACAUCUCCAGCAUCAAUGACGAGAUGCUCAACAGGACCAAGGAUGCAGAGACCUAUUUCAACUACAAAUACGGAUGGUCAUUUGCCUUUGCUGCCAUCUCCUUCCUUUUAACAGAGAGUGCAGGGGUGAUGUCUGUGUACCUGUUCAUGAAGAGGUAUACCGCCGAGGACAUGUACAGGCCUCACCCUGGCUUCUACCGUCCACGUCUGAGUAACUGCUCCGAUUACUCCGGCCAGUUCCUGCACCCAGAUGCCUGGAUCCGGGGCCGCAGCCCCUCCGACAUCUCCAGCGACACCUCCCUUCAGAUGAACAGCAACUACCCAGCCUUGCUCAAGUGCCCCGACUAUGACCAGAUGUCAUCUUCUCCCUGCUGAACCCUGGCCACCCCCCUGCCUGGACUGUGGACAGCCAGACAGCCCUUGCCCUCCUCCCCUGACGGCCCUUGAGCCCCAAGCCUGUGGUUGGCAAGCCCAGGCCACCCACUGCUUAGCCCUGUUGUGUGACCACAUUCUCUCCCUGCUUCUCCUAGAGUAGCUCACACCUCACGUGGAUGUCAGGACCCUGGAGCCAGGGAGCACACUGAUUGGCUGAGAGUGCAGGUGAAGCCCCGCCUCUGGGGUGCCAAUCCCAGCAGUGGCUCAGCAGCGCCCCCUGCCCUGGGAAAGCUGGUGUUCUGGUUGUUAUUGUACCCACACUCCCAACUCCACACCGGGCCAAGGCCAGUUCUGAGAAUGCCCAGUCCCUGACAUAGCAAAAGGACUAGAGUGCUUACCAACGGCCUGGCCUCACGUUCAUGACCUGGGCCAUCCAGCCAAAAACGACUCUGAUAGGAAGGUGUGGCUGGCUCUGAGAAGUAUAGCAGGCAUUCCCCCUGAAAUGCUGUCACACCUCUCCCUCCUGCCGAACCCCACCGCCCAGGCGAUGGACCUUCCCUCCUCCCGUCCUCCAGAGCCCAGCAGCCCUGAACCCAAGCAUUAAGGCUGGGUCUGAGGCCACGCUGAAGAACUCACAAAGAGGUGUUGGCAGCUGUCUUAAUAGCAUGGCCCCUUAAUCACAGAUUCAGCAGGGGCCUUUAAUGCCUUAACCCAGAGAGGGGACUCUGUCAAUGAGAAUUUGAGAAUUCGGUUGGUCUGGGUCAGUAGUACCAGGCACUAUGUCUGGUCCUGGAGGUACUGUCCCUGUGUACAAGGGCCCUAUUUCCCACUGAAGGCCCUACAGUCUCAUCACAUAGACAGGUGUCUAUAUCACCUAAGUACAAGGCAACUUUCAAAGGAGCUCCCUGGGAUUUGGAGCUGGAUUUGGUGACACCUGGCGCAUUUGGAGCCUAACCAAGCCAGGCUCAGACUGCUCCAGCUGCCCCCCCAAGGGUGCCUGUGGACAUGCUCCUAGAACCCUAAUAUAGGUGAACAUCUGACAUAGUGGCAAGUCAGGUGCUUCCAGAAGAACAGGUGGGGUGACACCUGUUGUCCUGGGGGGAACCCUAGCUAGGACUCAGGAAACCUCUGUGAAGUUCCCAGGAGGAAAAUGGCGGAGGAGCCACUGCCAGCCAUGACCCCCUCCCAUCUCCAGGAGUUGGCUCAUCUUGUACAUUUUUUAUUUUCAGACUUUAGAUAGAAAAACAAUAUCAUGCUCUCCUCGCUGUGUAUUUUUGGCCGUGUCUGCUUUUCUCUUGGAGAUGCCAUUAGGUAUAGAGCCACCGUGGAGGGGUCUGGCACGAGGUAUAGGAAGGCACCCCGCAGGCGCCUGGGGAAAGGCAGCGUCUUAUUCAACUCAGGCUGCCAGAAACCACCAAGACUCAGAGGCUCAAACAACAGAAGUUUACUUUCUCAUGGUUCCUGAGGCUGGAAGUCAAAAAAAAGGUCAAGUUGUUGGCUGGAUUGGUUUCUUCUAAGGCCUCCUGCUUGGCUUGCAAACGGCCUCCUUCUUGCUGUAACUCCCACAGUCUUCCUGCCCAUGUGCCCCUGAGGUCUCUUGGUAUGUCCAGGUUCCCUGUUAUAAAUACACCAACCAAUUAGAUUAGGGUCUGCCGCAAUUAACUAGAUGAUCAAUUUUAAUUUGAUCACCCACUUAAAGUCCUGUCUCCAAACAUAGUCACAUUCUGAGGUCUUGGGGAUUAGGGCUUCAAUGUAAGAAUUGGGGAGAGGGCCUGACUUGGCCCUUAGCAGGCAGGUUGGUUCACAGCUUCAGCGUGGUAGAGGGCAAAGGAGAGAAGCCAACCACUGACUCACCAGGGAUCCUGGAGCAACCCCUCCCGCUCUGAGGAGCUUGGUAGAAAUUGCUUCCAAACCCAUUCCCCAUAUACUCACCCACAACCAAUGAUUCAGUUCAUUUUGCUUUGUGUGUGACUUUUCAACCCUUGUCUAUCAACUGAUAGCAACCACAAGGCCCAGCUCCCAUGCCAUUGGCACCCUGUGAUGAUCCUCCUCCUGUUCUUUGGUUACUGUGGGCAGAACAACGCCCAAGCCACUGGGCCACCCGUAGCAAAGGAGUCAGCAUGCUUGGAGGCAACGGGAAAGCACUUCCAAGCUGGACAAUGGUUUAGAUGCUGUCUACUCCAAUUUUUGUCAUUGUAAUUAGCUCCUAAGAUGUCCUUUUCUCUCUCUAAAACUCUUUCUCUGUCACCAUGCCAGGCUUGUUUUUGUGCACACAGGAAAAAAAUAGAAUCCACUCCUAAAUAUAAGCUGCUUUUUGACUGUGG